GGGAUUCUCAACCGCCCGUGCAACACAGGGUCGCGACGCAAUACGCAAGCGCGCCCAUCGCUGGGGCGGCCGAGGGGCUUGUGCCAUGGCCCGAGAGCUGAUGGGGCCGGCGCUGCCCCCAGGCUUUGCCCGCUAUGCCGAGGCGGACCCGGAUGAAGACUUCAGCCAGGUUGCAGGUCCAGUAUUGCCUCCUGGUUACAAAAAAGGCUCCGAAAUGCCUGACAGUAAUGAAGGCUCUGAGUCACCUCCUCUACUUAGAGAAACAAAUAGAGAUUCUGAAGAGGAGCAGGACACUGAACCAGUACCAAAAAAACAGAAAAGAGCUCAGAAAGAUGAUGAUGACGAUGAUGGCUUUUUUGGACCUGCUCUUCCUCCUGGAUUUAAAAAGCAAGAUGAUUCUCCAGAGAGGCCUGUUAUAGGUCCUGCUUUACCACCUGGUUUUAGGAAACCUACACAAUAUACUGAAGAUAAUAGCUGUUCCAUAGGACCUUCAAUUUCUUCAGCAUGCCGUACACAGGCAACAGAUAGUAGUGAGGACGAGGACGACACCCUUAUAGGUCCAAUGCCUGUUAAAGGACCAAUAGAAUCUAAUGUAGCUAAAGACUUUGAACGCAGAGCUCAGCGAAUGAAAGAAAAACUUACUUCCUCAGACCAUGAUGGGUCCACACAAGUUACGAGGGAGUCUUGGAUGACUGAGCUUCCACCAGAAUUGAAAAGCUUUGGCUUGGGCCCAAGAACUUUCAAGAGAAGAACAGAUGAGAAAUCAGGAGAUAAGUCAAUUUGGACAGAUACUCCAGCUGACAGAGAGAGGAAAGCUAAAGAAACGCAAGAGGCAAAGAAGUCAACCAGUAAAGGUGAUGAAGAAAUUGUAUUAUCGGCAAGAGACAAGAUACUGGCUGAGCAGCUGUCUUCAUAUAAUGACUCUCAAAGAUCAGAAUCUCUUAUGGACAUGCAUCAGAAAAAAUUAAAGAUCAAAGCAACUGAAGAUAAGAAGCCUCAAGAAAGAAGGCCAUUUGACCGAGAUCAGGACCUCCAAGUCAAUCGAUUUGAUGAAGCUCAAAAAAAGGCUCUAAUAAAGAAAUCCAGAGAGUUAAGCACCAGGUUUUCACAUAGCAAAAGCAAUAUGUUUUUAUAAUACAAAGAUGUGAAGUUUCUUUUAGGAAAAAUCAAUCAAAACUUCAGUGAUUUCCAAAACUAGUACAUUUUUUGUAAAUAUUUGUUUGCAAAAUAAAUUUCCUUAUGCUUAAAAAGCAUGUUGAUAUGAGAAUUAUUUUUCUUUAUAUGUAAAUAUUCUAUUUUGUAAUUUUUUGUUGUGCAUAUUUCUUAUCUGUAGUGUGUAAAAAUCAGAAAAGAUAUUUAGUUCAGAAUUGUUUCUAAAUAAAUCAACUUAUUUAAGUGUUGUUUCCCAACUUAACAUUUCAAAAAGGCUAACUUUAAGUGUGGUUAUUGUGACACUGAAAUUUAGCUAGGCCAAGAAAGGGUUCAUCACCGCAACUCUGGGAGCCUUGCAACUCUGGGAGCCUUGAAUGCUGUGCUGCUGUGGCUCAUAGCCCAGACACCAGCCAGCCUACAAGCAUGCAGCUCUCACUUUGGCUUCCACCACCCAGUUACUCCUUACAGAGGGACCUCCACAGCCUGCCAGCCCCACGUUCUCCCCAAAAGUUGUCCUUCUGCAGUGUUUGGCCCCUCUUAUUGUAGCACCCACAAAACACUAUCAAGAUUGCUGCUCCUUUAACAAGGCAGCUCACAGCAGCUGAUUAACUUAACUGGGGUUAUCUUACCUUUCCUUCAAUCACAGUGCUGAGUUGUUUUAUGGUAAAAUAAAAAGUUUAACAACAGAAAUAGUGAUGGAAAUUGUUUUAAAAUUAUGCCAAAACUCAAAUGCAACAAAUAAGAGAGUUUUUGUUCCGAAGAGUUCUCAACAUAGUUAUUCUUCCAGCUGAUUGGCUAGUCUUUGCCCAGGAUCCAACUGGUGAAAUUUCUCCCCCCCUCCCCCAUCUCCUGCUUUAUAGUCCAGUAAACAUUUGAAAUGUAUAAAUCUGAAAUGUAUCCCCAGUUAAAGUUUCUUUCCCCUGCUAGUUCCUCCCCUGCUUGUGAUCCUCUUGCAGUCUCCAAUACAAAUGGCUGGCCCACUUUCCUUCACCACAUCUGGCUUCAGGUGUCAGCUCCUUUCCUUUAUCUGGAAAAACCUGUUUCUCAGCUUACCCUAAUAUUCCUGGCGUUCUGGUACAUUGGUAUAAAUCUUUACAGGUUAAUUGUACAUCGUAUUAUGAACAUAACAUAAGAACGGCUGUACUGGGUCAGACCAAAAGUCCAUCUAGCCCAGUAGCCUGUCUGC